UUUAUUUAUUAAUUAUUGUUUAUAUUUUUAUAUUUAUAAUGAAAUAUAUUGUGGCAUUAGACGUCGGUACCACGACAAUAAGAUGUCAUGUUUUGGAUAGUAAUGCUGUUACAAUUGCAUCCGCUACUGAAAAGGUCGAAUUACUUUAUCCGAAACCUGCACACGUUGAAAUAAAUCCCGAUCAACUUUGGAUGUCAAUUAUUAAAGUUUUAAAAAAUGCUGUACAUGCGAGUAAAGUUGACGUUAAAUUAAUCGCGUGUCUUGGAAUAUCAACCCAACGCAGCAGUUUUAUCUCAUGGGACUUUGAAACGGGAAAAUAUUAUCACAGAAUAAUAACAUGGAAAGACUUGAGAGCAGAUUCAAUGGUACGUGAAUGGAAUUCCUCAUUAACAAUGAAGAGUUUAAGAAUGGGAUCUCAUAUUCUUUAUACACUGUCACGUAAUAAAAGAUUUCUUGCUGGCAGUGUAUUAAAAUUAAUGAAUACUCAGAUGACCCUGCGCUUAAUGUGGGCCUUGCAAAAUAUCCCUGGGCUUCAAGAAGCUGCUCAGAGUGGGAGUGCGGUUUUUGGUGGAGUCGAUUGUUGGCUUCUUUAUAAAUUAACUGGCAAACAUAUAACCGAUGUAUCAAGUGCGUCGGCGACGGGUCUCUACGAUCCGUUUACAAUGACCUGGGCACAAUGGGCAAUGAAUUUAUUUAAAAUACCAUCCGCGAUGUUCCCACGAGUCGUUGAUACUGCAGGAGAUUUCGGUACUGUUCCAAAAGAUAUUUUUGGUGUAUCGAUACCUAUUACUUGUUGUAUGGCCGACCAAGCAGCCUCGUUAUUUGGCUCGACAUGUUUCAAUCCCGGUGACCUAAAAGUAACAAUGGGCACUGGUAGCUUUUUAAAUGUCAACACCGGCACAGAACCCCAUGCGUCAGUCGCGGGUUUGUAUCCUCUAGUAGCCUGGAAAAUAAAUUCCGAAAUAGUUUACAUGGCCGAAGGUGCAUCCAGCGACACCGGGACCGCAAUCGAGUGGAUAAAAUCACUGGGGAUCAUUAACGAGCCCCGUGAAAUGUCAGAUCUAGCGAAUUCAGUUGACAGCUCGGAUAUUUAUUUCGUACCAGCAUUCAGUGGCCUGCAGGCGCCGAUAAAUGAUCAGUCAGCUGCUACAGGAUUUCUAGGCCUGAGACCAACUUCUGGGCGGCCUCAUAUCGUACGGUCAGUCCUCGAAGGACUCGUAUUUCGUAUUUUACUUUUGUACGAGUCAUUGUGCACUGAAACUUGUCGUAAUUACAACAGCAUUAGGGUAGACGGAGGAGUGUCGCAAAAUGAUUUUAUGCUGCAAUUACUAUCUGACCUCACUGGUUUGCCUGUCGAACGAUCAGCAAAUCCUGAAAUGUCUAUACUCGGAGUUGCUUUUCUUUCCGGUCUUCAGUGCGGUAUUUGGGAGAAUCGACAGGAGUUAUGUAAAUUAAGACAAGUUGAUAAAGUCUUCCAGCCGGAUAUUAAACGGGCCAGUAAUUAUUUGUCAGUAGUCAGUCAAUGGAAACGUGCCGUCCAAAGAUUUAAAAAUUGGUAUUAAUUUUUACGGUCCACCUUCAUAUAUUUAAUAGAAUACCAGUACCAAUUAUUGACACGAUUAGAACUAUCAGACAUUAUUAUUAUUUUUAUUACACUGUAAAAAAUUACCUCAGUGUUACAAUUCUACUCAAGAGAAGUAGCUACAAUUCUACUCACUCACAAUUUUACUCAGCUUCAAAUCUACUCACAGAUUUUUUUACUCAGGCUUAACUCUACUCAGUUGUGUCUUUACUCAGCUACAAAUCUACUCAUUCACAACUUUACUCAGCUACAACUCUGCUCACGUAUUUUAGCC